AUGAGUGUUGACAACGCGACAGAAACGGAUGAUCAGAGAGUUAUUGUUUCGGAGUCUGGUACGAUGUUUGGCUUAACGACUUUGGAUAUGUCACCUACUCACGCGCAAUCUGACUCUGAGGCGCCUUUCUCUGGCCCCGUCACUGGAUUCUUGACUGAGACAAUUGAUGUGCCUUCAAUGCCUGUAACGGAUAUCCCCUCUUCCGCCCUUGCCACCUCCACCGGUAUUGUCGAACCACCCGGACGAUCCGUCAUCUUCCUUGUCCAGGCAUCCAGUUAUCAGGAACGCAACAUUCAGAAACGAGAAACUGGAGGUUUUGUUGGCGCUGAUAACCCUGACUUUUGCACCUUUGCUUUGACCUUCAACAUGGGGGACAGCCAACUCUUUGUUGACGAUUUACCGAUAUUUUAUGCUGGUGAGGAUUACAAGGCCCUGGGCAUACAAGAAGAAGACUCUUUUGUCCAGGGCGCUACUACGAGGACCUUUGGAAUUUCUGGCGGAACACUCUUCUUCGAGAACUCAGGCCUACCAAAUGGUGAGGCGGGUUUCUGUCAGGACUCGAGUGGUCAAGUGUACAUCACAUUUACUACUAGUCCUCCUGGAUGUGUCUCAGUUACUCUGGAAGUUUAUGACGGUGACACUACCCACGCUUGCCAAGUUUUAAAUGCUAAUUUGGAUGCAGUUACCGAAUGCCAAAAUGGUCGGCUUGUGGGAUUUGAGACUUCGACCUCUGCUUUGGCAAUCUCCACCGAGGCCAGCACGACUGAGACAGGCGUAGCUGAGAAUGUCAGUUCCGGAGUUUUCAGUGGCAGAGAUAGCGGAGAGCCUACAACAGCAGAAGCAACCGUAUCUACAGAGUUCAGUGCUCUCAGCUCUUCUGACCCGAGUGGUACCUUCUCCAAGUCAUCUGGUUCUAAAGCAUUCACCACUCCUUCCUCCCAGAUUAUUAAUACAUCUGCGUUGGCCUCUUCACCAAUAUUCGGCUCUGUAUCAUCCGCCGUUUCUUCUCGAAUUUCUGAGACACAUACCUCAGCCUCUUCUUCCGUAUCUGGUACUGCAGCAUUUUCCACCGUUUUCCCCCAAGGUAUUAGUUCAACUGCUUCAGCCUCUGGCCUUGGAACGUCAACUAUCGUUUCUACCCAGAUUGGUGAGACACCUACCUCAGCCUCUUCUUCUAUAUCUGGCACUGCAGCAUUUUCCACCGGUUUCCCUCAAGGUCUUAGUUCAUCUGCUUUGGGUACUUCUGGUCUUAGAGUGCCCACCACGAUUUCUUCCCAGAUUGAUGAUAUAUCUACCUCUACCCCUUCUUCUGUAUCUGGUACUGGAUCAUCUUUCACUAUUUCCCUAGAAGCUAUCAGUUCAUCUGCUUCAGCCUCUGACCUCGGAACCUCAACUAUCGUUUCUACCAAGAUUUUUAAUACACCUGCCCCAACCUCUUCGCAGACGGAGACGCAGACAUUCGGCUUCUUGACAUCAACUAUUCUUUCUUCCGAGCUUACCGAAUCCUCUGCCAGCUUGGAGUCAUCCAUUCUCUACAGCGAAUCAAACACUGAGGUAUCAUCAUCCACAGAGGCAUUGUCGUCUGCUAAGGCAUUGUCGUCUGCUAAGGCAUCGCCGUCUACUGAGGCAUCAUUACCUACUGAAGCAUCAUUAUCUACUGAGGCAUCAUUAUCUACGGAGGCAUCAUUAUCUACGGAGGCAUCAUUAUCUACGGAGGCAUUAUCGUCUACCGAGAUGGAGGGAUCAAGUCUGCUCACAACCACGUCGAAUGAGCUAACCGGCGCGACCUCUGCAACCUUUGGCUCGACCUCAGAGACCUCGCCAGAGCCAACUAGUUCAGACAGUUUAGACACGUCCUCAAGCGCUGAAGAGACAACUUCAGAUACAUCGACAACAAUCUCAAGGUCUUCAACAGAAAUCACAACUACAAGUACAGAGGCUAGUACUACCACUACAGAAGUCAUGACGAGUACAACUACUGCAGCACCGCAGAGCGAGUGCCAAAGCGCAAGCAGUCCAUACACCGUCCAGGGUGUCGACUUUGAUCUCUCUUGUGACGGCGUUAUUAUAGGCGGUACUUCGGUGGGAGUAGCUCCGGCAACCGAUUUCAACCAGUAUACACCCGAUGAUCGAUCGGUGGAUGAAACGCUGCCCCAUUUCCGAGCACAAAAAUGGGUCUUUUUGAAUCACAUAUCCAUUAUGUCGACUCUCGUCAGCAUGGAGCAAAAUUCAGUGUUGCCAUGGGCCAAUAUUACAGCUGCUGUGUUCCAGACCAUUGCUUAUCUGGUCGUUAUUUGGAUUGCUUAUCGUAUGGUACUGGUAAUUUACAACAUCUCGCCAUUACAUCCUCUGCACCGCUUUCCCGGGCCCAAGAUUGCUGCAGCGAGUUAUCUGUACGAGGCAUAUUAUGAUUGGUGGCGAGUAGGGCGAUAUGGACACGAAAUCCGUCGCAUGCACGAGCGUUAUGGUCCAAUUGUGCGGAUAAACCCGGAUGAACUACAUUGCUCGGACCCGUACUUCACGGACGAGAUCUAUGCUGGGCCCGGCCGAAUCCGCGAUAAAUGGCAGCACCAGCUGAACACGGGGGGCGCUGGUCCCGUUUCUGUGACUGGUUUCUCAACAGUCAAUCACGAAAUUCACCGCAUGAGGAAAGGAGCCUUGUCUAAGUAUUUCUCUCGCCAGCAGAUGCUCAAGCUCGAAGGCGAGGUGAUGGAGUUUGCACAGAUGACUGUUGACAAGAUGCUUCGAUACGCUGGUGGAGAGCCUUUUGACGUGAAGGAAGCCUUUAACUGCUUUACGGCAGAUAUCAUGUCUCAGUACGCUUUUGGUGAAUCCAUGGGCUUCAUCGCUCAGGAUGGUUGGGAACCGAAUCUGGCUACUUGGGUCAAGUCUUUCUUCCAGAGCGCCUACAUGAUGAGACAUAAUGUCUUUGCAAGGAAGAUGGCUCAGCUUCUUCCGUUCCUGUCUGACUACUUAGGUGAGGACAUCAAAGCAGUCAUGAGACAGAUGAAUGUUGUCAUUCCAGGGUAUAUCGCGGCUGCCUUGAAGAACCCCGAGGGAGGAAGAGUUUUCGCCGAUGUGAUGGAGUCAAAAGCAUUACCAGAGUCGGAGAAAUCCAUGUAUCGGCUAUCGGGAGAGGGGUUCAAUUUCCUCCUAGCCGGCACCGAAACUACUGCCGCCAUUCUGACGGUCAUCACCUACUAUCUUCUGGCUCAGCCUCUGACAUAUAGACGAUUGAUGGCCGAUCUCGAAGGGAUCGACCCACAAACCCUCAAGUGGACUGAGCUCGAGCAACGUCCUUACCUCUGGGCCGUCAUCCAUGAAGCUCUUCGUGUGAUGCCUGGUGUAUCCCACCGUUCAGCCAGGAUUGCCCGCGAAGAAGAUCUGUUUUACACAAGUAAGGAUGGUAAUGUUGAGUGGGUGAUUCCAAGAGGCACUCCCAUUGGAAUGACUUCAAUGAUCAAUCAUUGGGAUAAGGAAAUCUUUCCCAAUCCGGACGAGUUCACACCAGAGAGAUGGUUGGCGGGAGGGAAGCCUAACUUCAAACUACAGAAGCUCUUGAUUGCCUUUGGCAAGGGUAGUCGUGCAUGCAUUGGUGAAAACCUCGCUUAUUGCGAAGUCUAUAUCAUGGCAGCUUUGCUCGCUCUUCGAGUUAUCCCCAGGGCGCGUCUAUAUGAGACAACAAUUGAUGAUAUCACAUACGACCAUGACUUGAUUGUAGUUCAAACAAAGAAGGGUUCUAUAUCCGUCCGUAUUGCUAUCUCAGAAGUCGUAAUCUAG